AUGGAGCUCGAGUCGACACCAGUCUGCUUCCGCGGCUUUUGCCUGUUGCUGGCCGUUGUCUGCGCCCUCCAGGCGUCUACUGCGAACGGUCACCUUUCCGACAUGGAGGGAACAGGAACAGGAGAGAAGCCUCAGGCGAAUUCAAUAUUGAUGAGAUCCAUCAUGGAGAAACAAUAUUCAGACGAGGACGAGUUCGAGGACGAGGGCGAGUUCAGGAGCGAGGAAGAGUUCGAGGACGAGGGGGAGGUCGAGGACAGGAGCGGGUGGAUUCACACAGACCUCAAGACGGCAGGUGACGGCGAGGACAACCUUGACCCUGGUGACGACGGCGAGGACGAGCUUUCUCUCGAGGAUUACGACGACUUUGAACUGGCUUACUUGAUGCACAUUAACCAAAGUUCAGACGUCAUCUCCACUCGAGGGAGGAAGACUUGCUCGCCCAACGCCCAAUUUGUACUCAGGAGCCACGCUGACUUCGGGGCCACGAAAUAUCCCAACAACCACUUCUUCCGCAUGUACUAUUUUAUGGGCGCAGACGUGGGCCAGAUCGCCGUGCACUGCCCCUUCUUCAGGACCGAGUGGAGUCGUCGGUGCAAAGCGGACAAGUUCACCGUUUUCGCUGGAACCCCGUUUAGGAGAGGCAUCAGGCGGUGUGGGCGGAUCCACGGUUUGUACAGGACGUAUUCGAAGAGCAUCAAGAUCGCCUUCAGCACCAACGGGUCCACGAGAAGAGCCGGCUUCGACUGCACCAUUUCUUGUCUGCCAAAAGCAGGUUCCCCGUCACUUGAUACACGCUGCCUCGACAUGCAAAAUCCUCCCAUCAACGUCACGACCUGUGAUGACAUUUCGCCAGAACACUCAGGUGGCUGCUCAUGUCACGCGUGUCCGAAUAGCGACCGCCUCGAUCUCCGAUGCACAAUCUGCUCUGCCUGCGACAUGGAGGUCUUCGCCGCCCACCGCUUCCUAGUGACUCUCGGCAUCACGUUCAUCUUCAGUGACACCUGCAACGACCUCAUCAAUAUGGGCAACUUUACAUACGGGAAUGAAGACCAGUUCCGGGUGUUGCUUCUGUGUUUCCCUGUUCCAGAGCGCGUCACCAUCCCGGUUUGGCCGACUGUCCAUACUAUCUAUUAUUCGACCAAUUGUCCCACUGUCGUGAUUGGAGAUCCUUGUUCCGAAAAUACCAGAAGGCUGAGAGAAAGCUUCAGUAGAAUACUUGGAGACUCACAGGGCGUCAAGAACAAAAGUCCGCUGCUGAAGUCGAGUCAUUCCCUCAAAUACGACGACCUCUCAUUCUUGAAGUCCUUCCCCGGCCUCGAAAACCUCUACCUUAUUGAGGUGCCAGUGGACACGCGCAUGAUACCUUCGUUGGCACACCUUCGCUCCCUCUUAAUCAUAGACAAAAGUGAAGUCGUUGCGGGCCAAAUCUUCGACCUCAAGAACCUUACGGGCCUCACGGAGCUGUCGAGUGUACCCACCCGAACGGAACCAUCGUCAUGGCACCAGACUUCAUUCACAGUGGAGGAACUAAUCCUUGUUCCGUUUAUUUUGGCUAAGGGUUUACAUGAUGACAAACUGGACCUACGGAUUGAAAAGCGAAUUUUGAUCGAUCAUGACCAGGCCAACUACAUAGAAGGCAUCAAGCUGUGA